CCAAAACCCCGACAAAACCCGAUCUCGUGAGUCGCUGAUCCAUUUCGCUUCACCGACGAACGAGCAUUCCGCGCUCCGUGGGACGCCGUCCACCGUUGUCAACCCUGCGUGGUUGUUCUCGGUCCGAGUAGAUUAACACAAGAAAAUGAACAAGGAUAAAAUCUUCAAGCUGGCAAAGGGCUUCCGUGGAAGGGCCAAGAAUUGCAUAAGGACAGCCAGGGAAAGGGUGGAGAAGGCCUUGCGAUAUUCCUACAGAGAUCGCCAUAACAAAAAGAGGGACAUGCGCUCCCUUUGGAUCCAACGGAUUAAUGCUGGCACCCCCAUUCAUGGUGUUAACUAUGGGAACUUCAUGCACGGGCUGAUGAAGGAGAAUAUCCAGCUUAACAGGAAGGUUUUGUCAGAGAUUUCCAUGCAUGAGCCUUAUAGCUUCAAGGCUUUGGUAGACAUUUCUCGAACUGCUUUUCCUGGAAACAAAAAUGUAGUCAUUCCUCCCAGAAAGGUGGCCUUCUAAAGCAUUUGCCAUUUAAGCAUCAAAUUAAUUAGUUUGUAAGAGUAGAAUGGUUGAGUAUCUUCAUGGAUUUUUCCCCUUGUGCUCAAUUAAUUAAUUAAUUACUAUCUGUGA